CACCAGAUACGCAGCUGGCCGCGAGCCAGCCGCGCCAGCGCGUUCAAACUUAUGUCAGGGAUGAGAUUAGUGGUAGUAGUGUGUAGUCUGUCUUCUGCUCGGGGUCGUUCACCAGCCGUCUCAACAUAUUAUUAUAUUUUCGUUGGGUGAUGCUCAACGGCGGGGAAUAUAAGUCCGGGAAUUGUUAGUUCAGAGAGAUGCACGGCACACAUUGUUAGUUCAGAGUAGCUCCUGCCCCUAACGAUUGCUAUCACAUUACAAGGUGGUCGAUUGUUCAGCACCGCCGAAUAAACCAGAAAGUGAAGAAGCGCGAAACCGGAAAAAAGUACCUCAGUGUGAGGUCCCUUGCGCUUCGAGAGUACGAGCGAUUUGCUGGUGAUAUUUGGAAAUCGGACGAGACGAAGGAG